AUGACGCAUGAGGUUCCAGACAGACCCGGGAGUAUGGUGGGCAUUGGUAUUUUCACCUAUAAGCAGACAGACUACUUAGUAACAGUUGACUACUAUUCAGAUUUCUGGGAAUUGGACUUACUGCCAGACACAACCUCAGCUGCGAUAAUAAAUUGUCUGAAAGGUCAUUUCAGUAUACACGGCAUUCCAGAUACUCUCAUAUCGGACAACGGUCCUCAGCUGUGUAGUGUGGAAUUCAGUAAGUUCUCACAGCAAUGGAAAUUCGACCAUGUCACAUCCUCACCAUAUCAUAGCCACUCAAACGGUAAAGCAGAGUCAGCGGUCAAAAUUGCGAAGGGGCUAAAUAAAAGGGUAACUAAAAGCAACAUGGAUAAUUCGAAAGCUAUCCUCGACUGGAGAAACACACCAACAGAAGGAAUGGACAGCAGUCCAACGCAACGUUUAAUGUCCAGGCGAACUAGGAACACAUUGCAAAUUGCAGAUGAGCUUCUAAAGCCUAAAGAAGUGGAAAAUGUUCGACAGAAGAAAAUGCUGAAACACCAGCAUUCCAAGUUCCAGUACGACAAAGGAGCCAGAGUUGGUAAUGGGACAAUCUGUCCGUAUGUCGCCCCUACCAAAUGA